AUGUCAAAUCAUUCAAUGAUCGAAAAAUCAAAAUCAGAAAUCAAAACUUUUGAAUUAGGCGAUUAUCCCCAAGUCCCUACAAUUACUUACCAAGAAACAAAAAAUAAUUAUAUACAACGAUCAUUUAAUUAUUUUAUAGAGGCUGAGGGAUUUUAUCCAAAUGCUUUGGAACUUCGUUAUACUUUGCCUCCUAAGAAAUACCCAAUUCCUGACGAUUAUUCUAUAAAAACUACUUGGGAACUAUAUGGUACUUCUUUUGAAUAUGAAAUUGAAUCAAAUAUAUCAGCUACCAAUGCUGCAACAAAUUAUGAGAAAGCUAUAAAUAUGAAUACAAAUAAAAAAUCUUUAUUAUCUGGACCUUUAUUAUUUGGACUACAGCUUCAAAAACUUAGGACGAUUAGAGAAUUUCAUGUUAGACAACAUAUAACUAAACCCAUGGAACAAUAUUCAGAGACAACCCUUAGAAAACGUGCAAAAGAAAUUGCAACAAUUCAAAAAGAAUUUAUUCAAAAUGUUGAAUUUAAAUAUAAUGCACAAGACUCUAUUUCAUUAAAGUCAUUUGAAUAUACUGUUAAUAAUCAAAACUAUUAUUUUGACUUUGGAAAUGAAAAUCUUAUACAAAAAAAAAUAGAG